AUGGUGGCGACUAGACGCAAAAGAGCCGAAACAAAAAAACUUUGGAGACUUGCGUGUAAAGCAUCACGUUUUAUUGCAAUACUGAACAAGCCAAAAAUGAAACGCGUGAGUAAUGCUUUUUUUUAAAUAACUUUCAUUAAUUAAUUGAUCGUUCAAUGUUUUUCAGUUCGAAGAAAUACCGAUUGAGGUGAGAAGUGUGAUUGUUGAUAAAAUGCGAGUCGAAGAUAGGUAAUUUUGAUAAUGAACAUUUGUUUUCUUAUUAAAAACAUUUUAUUGUAGAUGCCGAUUUGCUAGAUGCUCAAGAUUGUGUGAAAAUCUUGCGAAGAGCUCGAUUUUCUACAUGUAUGGAUUGGCUUUUUCUUCUCAAAAUUCAACAAAAUACACGAUUACGGUUCAACAUCAUCAAUAUGAACAAAGAGGUCUUCCAGCAAGUUUCAAUUCCAAAGAUUACAAAAUCGAAUUUGAACAACGAGGAAGGAAUAAACAUAUGAGAAUGUGAGUUCAUCUUUUUUAAUAUUCAUUCAAUUGAUAAUGAGAAGUUCGUCAAAACUAAUUGACAAAUAGAAAGUUUGCUCUAUUGCACAAUUACAAAAAAUCGAACAGAUUGUUCUAUUUCACAAAUACUUCAUUUUUGCGUACUUCUCCUGGAUUUCCCAUUCUAAAAUUUAUCAACUAUUUUAAGUGUCCUGAUAACUUAACCCUUCAUAUAAAAUUUUCAGCAAAACACCAAAUAAAACGUUGCUUUAUCCACUUCCCAAAAACACGAAUCUACUUGAAGCUGCAGUUGAAAAGUUCGAAAAACUUGUCAAUGACAAUGCAAAAUGCAUCAGGUUGUUGGAAAUUUGGGGUGACCAACUAAAUGGAAGACAAUUCAAUUUCAAUAAGAUAAUACAUUUGGAAACAUUAACAAUGGAAUAUUUGAAUCCGGCUCUUUUGAGAUCUAUUCAACGUCCGCUGAAAAAAUUGUAUCUUGGAGAGUCACCUGAAGAGGUUACUAUUGAUUCUCUCAAUUUGUUCAGCCAAGUGAGUGGCCUAGGCGUGUGCAAAAGAUUACAUUUUGAACAUUUUCUGGAUUAAUUUUGAAUGGCGAGGAAAAAUAUUUUUCUUUCCAAAUAUGAAAAAUCCGAAAAUGAGUUUUACAUUUCCAUAUGCUACUAUAUUUAUGUAUGUUUAUGAUUAUUUCGGUUUACAGAUAAAUCAAGUACAGACUUUGUUGGUUGGAAGUGUGAAUUUUACAUUCGAACAAGUUUUACAAUUAACUGCUGACAGAAUCACAGUAUUAAUUGAAGAGUGGAAUGCCCAAGAUAUUUUCAAUCUACUCAUACACUGGAAAAAUCACAAUGAUCCACGAAAAAGAUCGUUUUCCUUAGCAGUUCGAAGAUGUGCUGUUCAAAUGAACCGACAAUUGAUUUCAUUGUUGAAUCUGCGAAUUGAAAAUCAGAACACGUAAGUACAACACUUCAACUUUUAUAAUUUCCAUCGAAUACGCUUUUAGCGCUCGUGUUCGACUUUGCGCUGGAAGUUUCGAUGGCAAAUCUGCGAAAUUGCAAUUUCUUGGCGACGGCAUAUUUUUUGCGUAUCCUUAUGACGCAUAUGACCUAGUUCGCGAUGAAGAUUUUCCACAUGUCGAUUUUGUUCGCGUCAUCUAA